CUGCUCCUCUGCUGAGCCUGCUGCAGCGCGCGCCCCGCUUCACUCGUCUCCGGCCGCGUCUCGCGCACCGACGUCUUCUGCAGGCGGAACCUCGUCCGCUGACAACUCUUGAGGCGUCUCGACUCUAUUCCUACGAAAGAAGCGUCGUUGCCGUGUGAAGAUCGCUCGUCACGUCCUUACCGAGACGGCACGUACCUAUCGGCCAGCUGAGGGGUCUUGCUACCUCCGGACAGCUAAUAAUAACACUCGAAUCCAGUUGUGGACUCACUGUGUUGCAGUUCAGUUCGUCAACAUUGCGUGUCUCGACACGGACUGUGUGGUGCCUUCAGCGUUCCCAUGGUACACUAUGUCGCGGGGCGAAGCUCUUUUGACGGAGACACGCAUAUGGCAGUUUCUGUGCGGUUCUGUAGUGCACCAGUUGGUCGGUGAGUAACAGUCGUGUGGCGUCGAUUAGCGGCUGUCAGUUCGCAGCUGAACAUAGGUCAGCCGAGAAGGGUGAGGUGUGAAGUGGACUCACAUCCAGCAGUGGAUAGAACUGUUUGCGUCGUUGAAGACUUUACUUAUUUUAACAGACGUUCGGGGUUUGCUUGCAGCUGUCCUUCUAUUGUGUUAAUGCUAAGAGGGGUAGUGUUUGCACAGACUUUUUCACGCAUUAGUCAAUAAAAUAGUCGAACUAUUUCAGUGGAAGACACAAAUCCCCCUUCUGUAAGUUUUCAGUAUCAAAUAUUACAGAAGUCGGUACCUCGAAGUGUUCCUCUUACAGAAUAGACCUUACUGGCAGAAAGGAAAAUUUGGAUUCGGACUGUUGACGCCCUGCAGCGAACUGGCAGUGGUAUCUACACAGUGUAUCUGGGCCACGCAGCAGACCGGGUGAAAAAGAUCCCGAGUGUCUGCGUGUACGUUACGAGAGCAGAUCUCGCGGUACGAACAGUGUCAAGGUGGGCGUGACAGCGAUACGGAGACGUUAUGCGCGCCUCUCUGGACGGGACGCUGCUCAAAGUGGGGCAGCGGAAGACAGACAAGGGGGACGGCGACAGGGAGCGCCGCCGCCAGCAGCAGACGCUGCCGCCCCCGGCCCAGCCGCAGCCGCAGCCCCGGAGGUCGACGCUGCCUCCGCCGCCGCUGGUGGAGGCGGAGGGCCACCAGCACCAUGCCGCCGCCGCCCCCGCCGCCUCCUGGGGCGAGCGCAUCCGCCCCGAGCGCACGCCGCCGCGCCGCAACAACGUGCAGAAGAUGCAGUGGCGCUCCUCGCGCUGGGUCGACGGCUUCCUGCAGGGCGCCGCCUCCACCUCGGCCUCCGCCCCCGGCGGCCCCCAGUACGGCGGCUCGCAUUCCGACCAGGAGCUGGACUCGCGCAUCAGCUCCAUGACGAUCGCUGACGUGAGCCCACGCUUCGCCGUCAAGCGCAUCAUCCUGCUGUACGAGAACUCGCAGUUCCGAGAGGCGGCCAACUUCAUCAACAGGCUCAGCCACUCCACGUUCAAGGUGAUCCUGACGGAGUUGCCUAUCGACCUGUUCGUGGAGUCGAUGCCGCACAGCCUGUCGAUCCUGGAGGCGCUGUACGCGAAGGUGUUCCUGUCGGACGGGCUGGACUUCAGCGUGCGGCUGCUGCGGCCCGAGGCGGUCAUCCUGCAGAUGGCGCGCGUCUUUUCGGACGGCGACCCGCCGGCGGGCCCCGGCGCCGCGUCUCCGCUGGUCUGCUCGUGCAAGAAGCUGCUCAAGGUCAUCGUUCUGUCCGAGCCCAAGCUGCGCAAGGCGCUGCAGCAGCGCCGCCGCGCGCUCGACAAAGCCAUCGAAGGCCUCGGCCAGCACGGGCUCGUCGGCACUUCCGACGAGACGCUCACCAACCUGCACGACGCGCUCAAGGUGGAGUUCCAGCGGAUGGUGGAGACGUACAAGGGCGCGCUGCAGAAGCUGGACGAGCUGUCGCUGGCGGACGGCGCGGCGGUGACGCGGGGACCGGCGCCCGUGCAAGCCUCCCACCAGAGGCAGCUGGCGCUGCGGCCGCAGGACGUGCAGGACCGCCUCAUCAAGAACAAGACGCUGCUCAACGUCGUGGAGCCGACGCUGGGGUCUCGCUCGCUGGACGUGCUGCUGGGCAUCCUGCGACGUCGCGUCGACCACGACAAGGACGCGCUGUUCCAGUUCACGCAGCUGCGCCGCGAGCUGGGCGACGCCUGCGUGCCGCCCGGCGCCGUGCUCGCGCCCGUCCUCAUGCGCUUCUCCAGGGGCUGCGACCGGGUACUCGAACUGAUGAAGGAAGUGGCCGAAGAUGACGACGACUCGAGUGAUAUUUCUGGGUAUCAUUCAGACUCCGAUUCAGCCAUCAUGAUGUCUGGGAAUUCGCCAUACGUCAGCAAGCGUGCUCGCUACAAUUUCCUUACACGCUCAGUUCGUUCUAGUGGCAAAUCAAGUGCACGGUUGUCAGUGCUGAAUGCAAGCUCUUCAGCAUCUGGCUCAGACAGUCCACCAACCUCUUUGGGACAUACACCAUCAGAACACCCACCAGUGCCAGUGCCUGCAACAAGGUCACGCCACCUGAAGCACAAGAAAGAACUACACAAAUUGAACUCUGCAGCCUCUUCAUCUUCUGGUGGAACUGUGGCAUGCACUGACUCAGUGUCUGCUGUGGAUCUGGAGGCAAGACAAAGGGGAAGGGAAAUACUGCUAUUGAAAGCAGAAGUGCAGAACUUGCAAGAAGAACUUUCCCAGUCUGAUGCACGUCUUCGAAUAGCACUAGAGAUGGAGCAACGUCUUAGAGAGAGACUAGCCAUGGCCACACACUCAGACAACGGCAGCCUGAGUGUGUCAAGUGUAGGAGAGCAGCUUGUGCACUGCUACCGUGACCUCUACCAGUCUGCAAGGGUGGAUACUCUUGACGCUCUUGACAGCCUGCCUCUGCUCAAGGAUGCUGAUGAACUUAAAUCUAAAAUAUUGUUUUCAGUGAUUGUGCUGGCAUUCCGCUCAACCCAAUCGCUACUGGCACUCAAGAAAGACCAUGUCCAACGGGUUCUACACAUCCCACAACGGGGCUCAGCACAACAUGAAGCUGCUGUGAUUGGACUAGAAGCUGCCAUCUCCUUGUACCUGCGUCAAACUGCUCAAGAUUUUGACCUCUCUCGGAACGUUGAGGAAGUAUGUUCACAAAUCUGGGCAACACUUUAUGACUAUCCGUGCCUCAAAGACUGCCCUGGUCUGAUUCAGUAUGUGAAGGAUGCCGUUCGCCUUGCAUGGUGCCUUAUAAAUCAGUCGCCACCAUACGUUCUGGAAUAUGAGCAACGUGUUGUAAGGAAGGACAUGCAUGUGCGCUUUCAUUUGUCAAAUCCAGAAAAUGAUCAGAUCAGAACAUAUCUCUGGCCAGCACUUCUUGAGGGCCCUGGCGGUCCAUGUGUACACAAGGCUGUUGUCAUCACAUAAAAAUAGAAUAAGAAAGGUUAGGUACUGACAACAUACAAAAAUCGCUGUUUCUUAUGCAAGUUACCACUUCAGUUGGAUGCUGUUCUUGGGACUUAUCUGGCUUGGAAGUUCAUCUCAUGCCAUUAUUUAACAUUGAAUUUGUAUGUCCUAUCUGUAUUAAUAUGUAUUAUAAGGACUGAAUUAUUAUAAAGAAACUCAUCAAAACAUACCUUCAUGAUGAAUGAUGUUUCUAAUGAUAGUUUAACUUGCUUCAUUAUUUAAAGUUUUAUUGCAGUAAAUCUUGUGAUACUGAUUUCCGUAGCUUCCAGUGUACAGUGUUCAAUGAAAAAAAAAAUUACCAGAAAUAGUAACACUUGUUACUGGUUACCUUCUCUCUAGUGUAUUAUUACAUUUAGUACAAUGUGUAAUAAAAUUAAUGACUAUACUUCCACAUGAAAUAGACCAGUCUUUUAAAGCAGUUUUGAUGUAAAGAUAUUGUCAAGUUAUGGUAAUGCCUUUAUUUUUGUAUAUAUCAAAAUAUGGAACAUUACACAGAUCAUACUUUUCAUUAGUUUAACAGUGUUCCAAACAAAUUGCACUAUUCAUUAUUAUGACUUAUCAGUGUACAUAAUGUCUGUUGUGUGUGUGUUCACAGUGUGCAUAAAAAAUGUAUAUAAAAUUAGUAUUAAAAUGCACUGAAAUAAAAAUUAUAAUUUGAAA